AUGAGCACUAGGAACAGCUUAAGAAGUGCCUUUUUACAGCUUAAAAGAAGAAGCAGUACAAAUACUGGUGGGGUCUGGUCGGAUUUCUCUAAGAGACCGACCACGUUGAAGAUAAACAAUGCUCCCAUUAGACAGACUUUGUUCAGCGAGGGAAAUUCUGAAGAGGGUCCUGCAUCAUUGACAAAUGGGGAUGAGAGGCUAGCGUACCACUCGCCGAUAGCCAUAGAUGAAACAUUCCAAAUGGCUUACAGAAUCUUAGAAAAAGAGGCCAAUUCAAAGUAUCAAAUUGUUGAUCGCUUGGAAAAGUCCCUUAAGAAUGCCGCGUCACAGGAAGAAACAAUUGAAAUAAAGGACCGGAUCGAUAAAAAUUUGAUAGAGGCUGAGAUUGAAAACCCUGAGGUGUUAUAUAAUGCAGAGUUUGCUGAUUCCAAAUUGCUAGACAAAUCGCAACCGGUUUACAGACAUUUGCUCAAGGAAAAAUGGGAAAAUUAUGACUUGCUAGUGACAAUGCAAAGACUAGAACAGCUACAUGUUAUACCUGAUACCUUACCAACGUUGGUUCCAAAGGCCGAUGUCAAGGUCAAGUUCACUCACAACACAGAAGAUCAGUUUAGCAAAUGGGUCACACCUGGGUCGUUAUUGCCAGCGUUUGCAGUUUCCGAACCUCCUACGGUCUACAUUCAAGAGUUUGAUCGUGUUGAAGGCAGCAACAACUUGUACACCGUCUUGUUGGUGAAUCCCGAUACACCUGAUUUGGCAACAAACUCGUUCACGACUACAUUGCACUACGGUUUGAAAAAUGUUAUGCUCAACAAUGUUGACAACUCGAUAGAUGUUUCCAAGUUGUUGAAAGUGGGACCAAGGAUUACCUUUAAGGAAUACACCCCCUUAACUCCAGAGAAGAAUGCUCCAGCUCAAAGAGCUUGCUUGUGGGUUUUCAGACAAUCAAAGGAAAUUGGCGACAUUUCUGAAGCUAGUGAGAACUUUGAUAUCAGGGAAUUUGCUGCUACACAUGGCUUAACUCCAAUCGGUGCUCACAUUUGGAGACAAAAGUUCGAUAGAAGUGUACCUGGGGUCAGACAAAUGUAUGGUUUAGGCGAGGGAAGAGUCUACGAAAAGGUUAGAAGCAUGGAUCCUCUCAAUCUUUAG